GCGCAGGAGCGGGCCCCGGCACGAUGUUGUUCUCGCUGCGGGAGCUGGUGCAGUGGCUGGGGUUCGCCACCUUCGAGAUCUUCGUGCACGUGCUGGCGCUGCUGGUGUUCUCUGUGCUCCUGGCGCUGCGGGUGGACGAGCUGGCCCCGGGCCUGUCGUGGUGGAAUGUGUUCGUGCCCUUUUUCGCCGCCGACGGGCUCAGCACCUACUUCACCACCAUUGUGUCGGUGCGCCUCUUCCAGGACGGGGAGAAGCGGCUGGCGGUGCUCCGCCUCUUCUGGAUCCUCACUAUUCUCAGCCUCAAGUUUGUUUUUGAGAUGCUGCUGUGCCAGAAACUGGUGGAACAGACCAGGGAGCUCUGGUUUGGCCUUAUCAUGUCCCCAGUCUUCAUCCUCCUGCAACUGCUCAUGAUCCGGGCCUGUCGGGUCAAUUAGCCCGGCUCGCAGGGGACGCCGCGUCCGACUGGAGGAAAGGAAUUCCUGCAGGGAGGAAUCUGUUCCCUAGGUCUCGGUUUUUCUUCAUGCUUUGCAUCCUAACUCCAGGCGGGUGGGCAGAUGUGUGAAAAAAAACACUGAUCACUAAAUAGAGGUAUUCCUUUUUUUUUUUUUUUUUGGCUUUGAUUUCUAUUCCUGCUCUUCCUCCCUCGUUUUCAAUCUCCUUGAUUUGAGAUGAGUUCUCGAUUGGACAGUUUAAUUGCCUAGGUUGUAAAGGAGUUUGCCGUUAGAAAUUGCUUUUUAAUAAAAUGUACUGUUGGAA